UUGCGCGGACUAUAAAUGACGUUGCAGGUCCGGACCACCUCCAGUAGUCCGCAGCCCAUCGCCCAACGUACAUCCAGGAUGGAGGGUUCUCUGAGAGGAGCGCUGCUGGCCGCCGCGUGCUGCCUGCUGUUCGGCACACUCGUGAGCGCCCAGGACCAGACCAUGGGCCCUGCGCUGGUGGAAGGGCAUGUGGACUACAGCGGGCAGAUGUCCUGUAAGAUCAUCUGGCCCACACCAGCCGACAGGGCUAAGGAGACGGCCAGGAUCGCCGCGCUCGAGACCAGACUAACGGAGCUGGAGAAAAUGCAGGACAAGAUCAGAGAACUCGAAGGCCGUUGCUCCUCCUCCUGUAGCGCCGGUGGUGAUACCUCCUCCUCCUCGUCUACACCAUCCUCCUCCUCCUCUUCCUCCUCUUCGUCAUCCACCUCCAUCCUGACGUCCCUACGAGAGUGGUCCAACAAACAACCAUCACCCGGACAGCCGCAGCCGCGACCGCAGCCUCCGCACGGGCGGCCGCAGCCUCCGCACGGGCGGCCGCAGCCUCCGCCAAGACGGCCGCAGCCUCCGCCGGUCGUGGCCACGGGUGGCGGGGACCCGAACCGUAAGGACUGCUCCGCGCUGUUCAAGCGGGGAGGCGUGAGGGCCAGCGGAGUGUACCAGAUCUUCCCCGCAGGAGUCCGCGCCCCGAUCGAGGUCUACUGCGACAUGGAGACCGACGGAGGCGGCUGGACGCUCAUUCAGCGCCGUUUAGACGGCAGCGUCGCGUUCAACCGAGGCUGGGCGGACUACAAGGCCGGGUUCGGGCAGGCGAGCGGCGAGUACUGGCUGGGGAACGACAACAUCCACCACCUCACCAGCAGCCAGGGAGACUAUGAGCUCAGGAUUGACCUCACCAACUGGGAGGGCGAGUCCCGAUAUGCCAAAUACAGCAGAUUCAAAAUCCACGAUGAGAGCAAACUGUACGAGCUGAGCCAGGGCGGGUACUCGGGUAACGCUGGGGACACCAUGACCAUCGGUCUCCUGUACGGCAACGACCGACAAAAGUUCUCCACCAUCGACAGAGACAACGACGCCAACAGGAUAAAGAACUGUGCCGCAGACUUCGGCCAGGGUGGUUGGUGGUACGGAUCUUGCAGCCACACCGACCUGAACGGAGAGUACCUCGGCAACUGUGGCUUCUACUGUGCCUACGGCAAGGGUGUGUACUGGUCCAAGUGGAAGGGCUGGGAGUAUUCUCUGAAGGAAACGGCCAUGAAAAUCAGGCCAAAAGAUUUCUAAGUAGGACAUGGACGUGCAAGCGUGUGUGUAAUAGCGUGAAAAGGGUUAAACCUUUGUGCGAGAGGAAGAGCGUUGACUGGUAUGCGAUCUAUCGAAUGUAUGUUUUGUUCUACAUUGUUUGUUUUUACAAAUGAGGUGAUAGAAUCACUGCCAGACAGCCGUCUGCGAAGCCUGGCCCUAAUAGGGUGCGAUGAUGUUAAUGAGACAUUCCUUGGCAUCUUGUUUAUGCAAAGAUUAGAUAUGAUAGCACUAGUGUUCUUUGUAGCAUCAGUAACGCUUUUACGUAUCUAUGUGGUAACUGGCAUCGCAAAACAAUCGACAAUCCAAUGAACACGUUAAAGAGCUUAUUAACUUUAACAGAGUAUGUACUACUACAAAAACAUAAACUAAAUUGGUAGUUUCGUCAAUAAAAAACAGAAAGACAAACAAAGCCGUAAAUAAAUUCAAAUUAAAGUUCUAACUUUCUUUAACUUUCAUCUUCUUAAACUGAGCUCUCUGUUUUGGCUCAAUGCAACAAAAAAGAAGUGUGUAUGGAAUGUGGCGACCUCAAUGUACUGUAUUCAAGAGGUGUUGUUUGUUGGCUACAGUGAAUGUACCAAAUGUUCAUGUACUUUUUUUACUGAAGCUGUGUAUAGAACAUGAUACAUUUGAUGUCAAGUUAAGAAAAAGAUGGAACUGAACAGAACUGAGUUGAUGAUUCGAUGAUCUACACAUCGGCGACCGGCCAUAUUUAGCAACACUCAGUUGUACUUACAUGUGCUAUCCACGAUAUUCAAUAAAUUUUUGUUUUUCUUUUGGAAUG